CAGUCACAAGUCUGAGAGCCACCGAGCAGCGAGGAGUGCGCGAGUGUCUUGUGUGUGUCGUGAUAACCCGGUCAAGCUGUACUCGCACAGGGAAGAAGACAUGUUGACGAUGGAGGCCGACCUGAAGGGUGGCCACAUGGCGCCGCACCACCACGUCGGCGGACACCCGGUGUCCACGUACAGUGCGCUGGGGAGUAUCGUACACAGUAACGUGAUGGGUCUGAGCCAGCCGCCGCCGCAGCAGAUGCACCACGCUCCCCCGCCUUCGCAUCAGCAGCAGCAACACCACCACGGGCCGCCACCCAACAACAACAAUUCCUCCAGCAAGAACCAGAACAUCGACAGGGUCAAGCGGCCCAUGAACGCGUUCAUGGUGUGGUCCCGCGGCCAGCGCAGGAAGAUGGCCCAAGAGAACCCCAAGAUGCACAACUCCGAGAUUUCCAAGCGACUGGGAGCGGAGUGGAAGUUACUGAGCGAGUCGGAGAAGAGACCGUUCAUCGACGAGGCCAAGAGACUCAGAGCGGUCCACAUGAAGGAGCACCCGGACUACAAGUACAGACCGCGCAGGAAGACGAAGACCCUGCUGAAGAAGGACAAGUACCCUCUGGCCACCGGAGGACUCCUACCCAACUCUCAGUCGGAUCUGUCCAGGAAUCCGUCGGCGGGAGGUGUGGGUGGCCAACAGGUCGUCGGGAGGGACAUGUACCAGCAGAUGACCAACGGUUACAUGCCCAACGGAUACAUGAUGCACGAUCCCUCGGCUUAUCAACAACACCAUAGCUACGGCAGCCACAUGACAGGAGGUUACCCGCGGUACGAUAUGAGCCAGAUGCACCCCAACUCCUCCACCCUCAACUACAUGAACGGAGGGUCUUACGGCAUGUACACGGGCGCCGGCGGCACGGUCCCGGGUGGCGCGGGGUCACCUUAUCACUCGAUGCAGCAGACGGGAUCUCACAGUCCCAGCGGCUCCAGCAUCAAGUCCGAACCGGUGUCCCCGUCGUCGGCGGGUCUGCACACUCCUACACCCGUCAGUAGCAUCAAGAGGGAAUACACCGGCAGCACACCCAACACCGGCGAUCUCCGCCAGAUGAUCUCGAUGUACCUGCCUACGGACCCCAACAGUGACCACCAGAGGCUGCAGGCCAUGCACCCCCAGUACCCCGUUCACAGCGGUUCUCCCGACCCUCUGGGCCCCACGAACAUGCCCCUGACACACAUGUAGGGCUCGGAUCCGGUCCCUCUGUACGACUGCCGGUACCAGAAGGACGACCGAACCCACUUCGACUUGUGAUCCCAGUGCUAGGCGAGACUGUGACCAUGUGCCAACUGUAAAUAGACAAUUUUCUACUCGAGUGUCCCGGCCGGAACAUCCGAACCCGGUAAAUUAUGUAUAUAAUGUAGUAUAGGUUAUGUUUAAGUUGCGUAGAGGCCUACGUUGUCAGAUGGAUGAGCGUUGUACAGUAUAUUUAGGUUGUUUUUGGCGGUUUUCUUUUAUUUAGAGCCUUUAGAUACACGAUUUCUAUGUUUGUUAUGUGUAAUUUGCGUUGAAAGUUGGAUUUGUACUGAAGCAUCGGGUUGUUUCGUUCUCGGGCAUAUCUCGUGCUUCUGUCAGCACCUGGGGCGGGUCUGCCGAUGUCAGUGAGAAAUGUUAUGGUAGGUGAGUUACCAUCCUUUCAUUUUUAACUUAGGCUAUUUAACAUUUCCAAUUUUUAUAUGGCAUUUCCAAAAGUACUUUUUAAUUUCCUACACGAGAAUUUCAUCUGACUAUGCCUUAAAAUCCUUCCGUUAAAAAAUAUAAUCGUUUAUGAAAUUUGAGUUAAGGGCAAUUUUUGCAUUUCAAAAAUGUCUUUUUAUCUUAUCAUACAAACUUUUUUAAAUUAUUUUUUUAUAAUGUUCUUGUGGUUAUGUUAAGUAUAAUAGUAAUGUAAUAAUACCAAACAUUUAUUUUUAACGAUUAACAGUUUAUUUUAUUAGAUGUUUCGUACCAUAUAUCUACCACAAUUUUCGUUCAACUCCUUUCUUAGUUUUGUGCUCAAAAACUGUAAAUCCUUUAAGUGUAAAUAAAUAAGGGUAUCGUUGAAAUAACAUAUAUGUUCAAAAAUGUGUUUGCUACCAACCACAGGGACAGCUUUAUAUGCAUUAAAAGUUUUUCAUUUUCAUGUGAAUAGUUACAAAUUAGGUUAAGAAUUCAUUUAAAAGCAAUGAGAUUCUAAUGAAUACAGGAAUCUUUUUUGGGCAGAUUUGCUUGCCGCAGAUUGGUGUUAUUUUAUAAAUAAGAAAGUUUUGUUGUAUUUUGUUAACUUAAAAUAAUGAUGAUUAGAAUACUAAUUGAUUGUAUUGUUGAAGUGUUUAGCUUAGUAGACAUUCCAACGAGGUUUGCAAAAAGCGAAGUGGCAUAAAAAUGUCGACAGUAUCAUUUUGAAUAGAGGUGGCCUUUGUAUUCUAUUGUUGCAAUGGGGCUUUUAUCACAAUGACAAUGAACUAUUCACUAUUGUUGGUUUCAUCAAAGGGGAUGAUUCUUAAAGAUUGUUUACUAACAAAUCGCAUUCAUGAUUGAUUAGUAUUCAAUUUUAUUUUGCUCUCACUUUUGUUAGGGGUGAUCUAUUGCUAAUUGUAUUCCCUAACAAGGUUACCAUUUACUGAAAUAGUACGAAAAAUCACAAAAUCUAUUUUAAAUCGUCGGUUAGAUUGUGCUGAUAAUUUGCAAGGUAUUUUAUUUAAUACUAUUUGAUCAUAUUUCAUUGCUUCAGCUAGUGUUGCUACAAGCAAUCUUUUAUUAGGAUUAUAAUAAUUUCACUUAUCAUACAAUGUAGGUAUGCUAAUAAGUACCUAGAAAUUUAUCUUCUAUACUUUUUCGUUUUUACACAGUUCUGGUCAUGCUUGCCUUAAGUUCACUUAUCAAUAAAUGUGUAUAGUAGUUAGUGAAGUAUGAAUAUUUUCAAUUCGUACCAUGGGCAAUGAUUAAAAUUAUUAUUAUUUAAACCACCAAAUUCUUGAAUUAAAACGAAAUCGAGCGAUGAAGACAAUUCAAUUUUAUUUUCUCUUAAACCGAUUUUUCGUCGCUACAUGCCACUUUCGGGUUCUCAAUUCGUUCCAAUUCGUGUUCGUUAGUUACUAAACUCGUUAUGAAUGUAUAAUAUUCAGUAUAAACCUUUUAACCAUUUAAAAAGUAGUGAUUUUGAAAACGGACUUUCUUCUAAAAAAGUCCUAUACAUAUUUGCACGUGACGAAGCUAUUUUGGUUUAUAUUAUUUUUGUAUCAUAAUUGGUGUUGGGAAUGACGAAUGUUUAAUGCGACAAGAAAAAAUAUGUUUUUAUAAAAGUUCUUCGCGAUGCUUUGCAAUAAUAAAACUGACAGGAAAUAAAAAUCUCAUGAAUGUCGGUAAAUCUCUACAUAAGUUUAAAAUUAAAGGAAUUAAUUUUUUCCUUAAAUUUAUUAAAGUAUUAAACUCUAAAAUGCCCUUGCAUUUAUUAAUAACUACUAUACUUCUAUAUAAGAGUUUGAAUCGGAUAGUUUGUUUUAAUGUUACUUUUUUAACAUUCUAUUACAAUAUUACUGUUUUUAUGUGAUUGCACCAACUUUAUUUAAACCCAUCUUUAUGAAAAAGCCUCUUUUUCUAGAUUGAUCCAAACGUCAUUUUUCAUAUUUUAUUCAUUUAUUUCUUAACCAAAUUAGCUACUAAUACUCAAUAAAUUUAUAGUCUAUUUUUGCCAUCGGUUAAAGUAUAAAGUUUUUACUGGGUAGAGCAAGGACACGCCGAGAAACCAAAGUUAAUUCAACUUUUAAGUACGAUUCUUUGUACUCACAUUUUGUCUCUUUAUUAUCUUGUAAAAGACACCGACUCUAUAUUCGUAGACAACGUGGUUUUACUGUGUAAUUUCAUAAAAAAAAUGCAAAAUUGUAAAAUUGAUAUUCCGAGUAUGUUGGGAAAUUUUGCUGAUAAACCGUACUUACGUGAUUUAUUAGACAUGUGUCUGUAAUUGUUUGAACAGAAAAAAGCGCAAGUAUUGUUUAAUCGUUUUACGUAGUGUUAUUUUGUAGACCAGUUAAUAACAUAUGUAAAACCUUUUCAGUAAAACAAUCUCGAAGAUGGCUUUAAAUAGGGUUGUAAAGUAAUUAAAUGAAAACCAAUGCAGUAUUACAAUGAACUUGUUUAAGACGAAACUUUGACUUCUUUUUAAAUUUCAAUGUAUUUAUCAUUGCAAAGUACUUUUUUUGUGGUUUGUAUUACUUGUGGAUUAGUUUGCUAGGAGGCUACAUGUUUGUACUAUUUAUAAUUUGUUUCCCCCUUUGUUAGAUUCCUGUUGAAAAAUGUCAUUACAUCAGGAGUUAUAAUUCAUGGACAAUCACUGUGUCCCAGAUGUUUUAACUCUGUACGCUUCACAUAAUAGAUAUUGGGCGCUUACCAGAAAGUCAUAAAAAGAUUCGUAGUAAAUCUACAUAGCUAUAUUACAUUAGCUUUCAUAGUUAAUCCAUUCUUCUAAGAGAAAAUAUUCUUAAAUAAAUUUAAGUUGGAAAACUAAAUUGAUUUCGUUGGAUUGUUGAUCAGUCGCCAAUCUCAAGAAACACUCCUGUUAAAUUCAAACUAUGUUUAAUAAUUAUUUUAGUUUUUGCGUGUAUUUGUACGCCAACUUCUAAAACAAAUUUAAUAGUUUAAUAAAAAAAUCAACAAAUAGUUUUUUAUCUGUACAAUACAUUUUUAUGGGUGGGUUUUCGUUUGUCCAAAUUAUAGUUUAUUAAUAUAGGACAAGUACCGCUACCUUCAGUACCAUUUCCAUAGCUGACGUGAUUUGCUAUCAGUGAUAAGAUGGCGAAGAUAAAACUACUGCGGAACAAGUGAUCAGAGAUAUUUCUUUAUGAUGUUCAAAAUUACUAAAAUACACGCUAGUGUCUCUUUAAAUCGUAAGUUUUAUUUGUAGAUUAUCUUUAUAAAAGAAUUUGGUAGUAUUGACUCGAACUUCAUAUAUUGGAAUUGUUGUUAUUACAAAACAAGAACGUAACACAAGUUUAGUACAAAUUAGGAAGCUUGUAGGAAAUCUAAAAAAAUCCCUUAUAAAUGUACUGAACAUCUAGCCUACUCAAAUAGCCACCAAGUAUAAUUUGGGUUUCAGUUUUAAUAUUAUAAAUAAGAUAAAAUUUGUAAAAAAUAUUUAACUUAAUUUUCUAUAUUGAUUUUCAUUCUUAAAUUGUUCAAUUUUGCAUUACAUAUUUCCUAUAUAAUUCUCAUUGAACUAAAUUAAGAUUUUGGAGUUUUAUUCAUGAUAUUUCCUGUUCUGCAGGAACUGUAUUCAUUAUUUCACCAGGUGAAAGUUACGAAUUCUAGAAUUUCCCUGUCAGUUUUGUCGCGAUCCCACAUUAUUCCCCGCUGUAUUAGGUGUGGGCUCCUGAUCGCGCCCAAUGUGUCGGGAUUUAUACAGGACUGAUCCCAUGUCUUUUCCGGUCCGCCGGUAAUUCCGAUAAGAAUCUCGGCUACUGCCGGCCGGAUCCGUAGUGUACCGGUCCUUCCUAACCGGUUCUUCCCUCCCCACUCACGGCUCAGCGGACCCUUGCCAUAUUUAUUUAUGACCCACGGCUCCAAACGGUUUCUGGAAUUUUCGUCUCUCAGUGCAAGUCCGUUUGUGGCGGCCGUGUCACAUGUCAAGUUGUAAAAGUCUCCAACCCCUGCAUUAGCUCGUCCCGGGGCCUACACUCACAUCCACGUCCGUUUCCAAGUAGUGUCGGACUCGUUUUAUAACCACGUAAUAACUUAACUGCCUACUCUGUCAAUUACUUUUAUGUAGACUUGCAAUUCGAGUGUAGCGCACAAAAUAGCCGUAGCUUGAUUUAGACGCCCCUAUUUUAGAUUGAGCUUAGUGUCUCACCAGGUAGUGUCAGCAGGUAUAAUCUGAAGUUUUGUAUCAGCAUGAACCAGGAUGUACUUGUGACAUUGACGACUCUUGUGUCUCUCCUCAAUUAAUAUCGGUUGUAGUACUGUAACACUAGCUCUUGUGAAACACGACAAAUACCAAUAAAUCGAUCUGCGUUUGUUUAAUUUAAUCGCAGUCAAGGACAACUGUUGUAAAUAACAUUCUUGUUUAACCUGUCUCAUUUAGGUUAUUGAAUAAGGUAUUUAUAGGCUACAUGCAAAUUAUCAGCACUUGCCGACAUGUCGCAAAACAAACCCGCAACCUGGAAUGUAAACUCAGCUAUAACACACUGUUCCAAUGAUUCCAAAUGGCGUCGGAAGUUGUUGUAACUUGUAUACGAUUCUGUUCUACUGUUGUUCAACUGUAAAUUUUGUUUGUAAAUUCCCGCCAUUACUUUGAACAUGUGUACAAAUUUCAAUUUUAAGCUUAAACUUGUACAGUGAGUGUUACAUAGUCAGUGGCAUGUGAAUAUAAUAUAAAUAAGUUUAUAUAGUCAA